CCUACAUCCCUUCCGCAAUUAACCCUUCUGAAGUGACCCAAGUUUUACAAGUGAUGAUCUAUAAGCUAAUUUUAAGUCAGUAAGGCCCGCUAAAAGUUAAGACCCCCUAAAGUUGGGACCUACACAGGUUAAUCAAUAGUUCAGACCUUUUAAAAAUUAUCACCCAAAGUUCAGACCUCUAUUGUCAAUUUUUCCUAUUUAAAGGCUCUUAGUUUGUCUUUAAGUCACUUGACAUGCUUUUAUGAAUAAUAUAGUUAAACCUUUCUAAUAAAAUAUUAUGAUUGCGACAUUGUGUUUUCAUUUGCCUAUGGAGUAAUAAAAGAUGGCAGUAUACAUUCUGCAUUACUUUGAUGAAAAAGUAUACAAGACAUUUUGUAGGGUAAAGAGUGACAAGACAUUUUGGAAUCAUGUCCAAAAUGCUCAGGGGAACCUAGAGAAGAAAGGGUUGAAUGUUGAAAUCAAGAGGGUGUAUCGUCAAAUUCUACAGGUGAUGACCAAGCGACAUCAAAAUAAUCAGAUCAUUGAUAAUCUAUUACAGAAUUUGAAUGUUAAUGCUGACACUCACGAAGUCACAUUCACCCGUUUUCAAAAAGUGAAUUCACUCGAGGAUGAAAUCUUGAAAGAUUUGAAGGAUUUUCGUCAGUUAUUGGUUCAGCUCAUGCCUGAUGAAGAUCUUACUGAAGAUGUCGACGUUCAUCACCAAUUGUUUGAGUUCCUAUAUCCAGAUCACAUUCCAGAUGAUGCAGAGAGAGUGGAGAGAGUGAAGUAAGUAUAUUCAGCCACUAUAACCUUUUUUGUUAUAAAUAAUUUACAAUGUUAAACAAUUUUUAUGACGUUGGAUGUAAGUCAAUAAAACUUUAAUGUUGGCAUGAUAUUAUAGUUUAUU